GGUUGGGAACCACUGAGUUAGGUAUAGGUAUACAGUAGGUUAGGUUCAGUUAAACUGUUAGAGUAAGUUCAGUUAAGAGUAGGUUAGGUUAGGGUUGAGCAUGUUAGGACAGUGCUAUGUGACAUACAACAAUGUUCUUGUGUUUCUUCAGUGUUACGGAGAACCUCUACCAUGAUCCUUCCCCGCUGGCUGCUGGUGUGCUGUGUGUGUCUACUGAAGUUGGGUUCUGGCAACAGUGAGCAGGGCACCAAUAUGAACGAGAGUGAGGAACUUUGGUCUGGCUACACUGAUCGUGACUAUCGCAAGGAGAUCUUUCCGCCCGUCCCAUCAGAUGAUGGUGAUGGAGGUUAACUUGAGGGUGAAGUGGCAGGACUCGAGGCUGAGUAUACCAUCGAGGCUGAGUCCGGGAGAGUACGUUCCCCUCGACCCUGCCAUCCUCAACAGUAUCUGGGUACCUGACAUCUACAUAGAGCACAGUUCCCAGGCCACCACGCCCUCAGUCCUCACCUCGAUCGCUUCAGUAUGGAUCUACGCUGACGCCACCGUUGACUACUCUGGCAACAUGUUCGUGGAGGUGUCAUGCAAGAUGGGCUACGCCUGGUUCCCGAGAGACCAUCAGAUCUGUAACUUCAGGAUGGAGAGUUACGCUUACUCCCUGAAGCACAACGUGUACACCUGGAUGCCUCCCGGCCUGGAGAUAUCUGACCACAUCUCCAACGAGCAGUUCCUGGUGAGGUUCGAGAUGGUUGACCCCUACACCCGCGUCCAGGAUGUGUACGGAACCUACCCAGCUCUAGCGUUCCGUGUACACCUGACCCGGCGGCUGUCUUAUGUGCUGCUGCAGGUGUACCUACCAUCAGGGCUCUUCGUGGUGGUGUCGUUCGUGUCUCUGCUCGUCCCCGCUGAGGCCAUACCCGGGCGUAUGACUCUGUGCAUCACCACCAUCCUCACUAUGUCUGCUCUGCUGGGUGUCGCCAUGCAGUCUACGCCUCAGGUGAGCUACGUCAGAGCCAUCGACGUGUGGCUGCUAUCCUGUCUCACCUUUGUCAGCAUCGUCCUCCUCGAGUUUGGUAUUGUUAUCAAGAUGAUGGAGACGGAGAAGAGGGAGAAGCAAGGCCUCCAGAUACCGAGGGUGACGAAGAUCUCUAUUGCUGAGAUGCCGGCAGGAGAUAAGAACACCACAGCCCAGCAGCUGCAGGGGCCGGCAACCUCCGUGUUGCAGACAGCACCAAGAGCGAGAAGACUGUCGGCCAUGAUGGUAGAAAAAGUGUCCCUCGCUGUUAUCCCCUCCUGCUUCCUCUUCUUCAACGUGGUGUACUGGUGGUGGUUCCUGGUCGGCUCUGAGGCUGCCGUGCCCUGUAAUUUGGGCAAAAAUAUUACCAUCGGAAGCUCUUAGUUACCCAGCCAAUAUUUAUAGCUCUAAGUUCAUGAUAAAUAAUGGAGAGAUGUCUGUUGUAAUGUCAUGGACAUGAUGGUAGAAUGGUAACAAAUGGGAACUUCCAGUUCUAACACUAUUGUCGUGAUAUAUAAUACUGUACAGUAUUUCGUAAACCUAAAGACGUUUUCGCCGAAAUUUAUGUACAGUACAGUUAU